AGGUUAUGUCUUGACAACUUUGUCAGAAAAGCUAAUGCAAUAUUCUCUAGGUAUAAUAUUUCCAAGCAACUAAUAAGUGUGUUGCUGAAAUAGGUCACAACUUUGAUUAAAGAUAUGCAUAAACAAAUAUUGGGAAAUUCUUAAACUUACUGAUAAUUUUUUUGUGGAGUUCAAAGUGCAGUGUAAGUGUUCUAACCUUCAAGCAUAUGAUAGUAAAAAUUCGGCUGUUCUAUUAGAGUUAUUUGGUUUUAAGUUAUAUUAUUUCGAUGUAUACCCCAACUACUUUAACUAAAAGCAUAUUUUCAGGUUUAGCAAACAGUUUAAAUGUUUUAACUAAAAACUUUUGCAAUGAUGCUCAACCAUUAAAACUAGAAAAAGCAUUGAUUGUUUCUAAAUUAUCUAGAUAUGAAUUUGAAAGAACGAAACAUAAAGGCCUUUCAGAGAAGGGUUUGGAAAGUUUACUGAGAAAACGAGGAUCCAAUUAUGAAAAACUUGUUGGUUUUCACCAUCUUCAUAAAGAAUUUGAAGAAAAUUUGAAGAACAUUAUUUUAGCAUCAGGAACAGAAGUAGAAAUUGUAAAUAGAUUAAAUUGCACAAAUGAAAAGGUAGAUAACGCUGAUAUUAUAAUUCCCAUUGGUGGAGAUGGAACGUUUUUAAUGGCAGCUAGCAGAGUAUUAGAUAAUAAAAAGCCGGUGAUAGGUUUUAACUCAGAUCCAAACAGGUCUGAGGGAUAUCUUUGUUUACCAAGGAAGUGUUCAUUGAGCCCAGAAGAAACAAUUCGGAAACUAAAACAGGGUAAAUUUCAUUGGUUGAUGCGUACUAGAAUCAGGAUAACAUUGGAAGUUGAAGAAAAAUAUUGUUUAUUUCCCCAAAGCUUGCAUCAUGUUGACGGACAUUGCCUCCCUUCUUUGAAAAGCCAUUCUGGUAAAAAUGUCUUACCAGUUUUAUCACUGAAUGAGGUAUUCAUGGGCGAGACACUAUCAGCAAGAGUAUCUCAUCUGAAAAUGAGACUGAACAAUUCUGAACAAGUCACAAAUUUAAAAUGUUCUGGGAUCUGCAUAUCUACUGGUACAGGUUCUACUUCUUGGCAUUUAAGUAUUAAUAGAAUAUCUAGUCAGAGUAUAUCUGAGGUACUUAGGCUUCUUUCCAUCAAUCCUAAUACAGGCAGAGACAAUUUAGCAUCUGCUCUGGCUGAUACAUAUAAUAAAAACCUCAUAUUUAGACCAGAUGAUAAUAGAAUGGGGUACACCAUCCGUGACUUAAUUUCAUCAGGUGUAUGGCCGAAUCCAAAAGGAAUAAAACCACGAGGAUUUGCCUCUAAAAUAGAAGUGAGGUCACAUUGUUAUGAUGCUUCUUUAGUGGUAGAUGGAGGGUUUUCCUUUCCCUUUAAUGACGGCGCACUAGCGGUGCUAGAAGUUCUUCCAGAAGAUGCCUUACGAACUGUACUAUUUACCGACUGAAAAAAAAUUAAUGAUAGUUACCAGGAAAGAGCACGUAAGAGGUAUAAUAACGAUAAAGAGAGAAAGUGAGAUUUUCUCGAAUGAUGAGAUUUUGUUUACGAUCUCGCCUUUGACUAGCAAUCCAUUCAGUGUGCUAGAAGUUGCAUCAGAUGAAUGCUUUCAAAAGUUACAACAUAUAAUGAAAGCUUACAUCGACACGACAUACAUCUCGUCCCUUGAAAGUUGUACUAGAGAAAAAUACUAUUGUUUAUAAGGUUAGAUAUUAAGAAGAAUAGAGGGCAUUAGUGGUUUUUUAUUAAUAAAAAAGAAUGCCAAUUAAUACCAAUCCUCAAGAGCUUUGAUAUGGUUUUUCAGAUCCUAAUUGAAGGGUCACUACGAAAAACGAUCAAUGUCAAUUUUGGCCAAAAUUAGGAUAUAUGCUCCUUGUUGUAGAGGUUGUCAGUUAGUUUCGAACUAUAAAUAGCUACGGCAAGAAAACAUUAAGGUUUGUGAGAAAAUAGGGGAAAUAGAUAUAAGCUACCGUCUCAAACAAUUCGACUUUGGCCUUAAAAUCAUGAUUUUACAGAAACUAUUAAAAAUGACUAUGAUCGUUUUUCGCAGUGGCUCUUCAAUUUUCUUUUGAACUGCUUAUUUCUGGGUGGCUGCUUGUCCAAACGUUCAUCAUCAACAUCAUCAAGGCUUCUCAUUCCGGAUGGAAUGUUUGCCGCUCUUACUUAGAGCUCUCUGAUUCGCUUAUUGCGGUGAACCACUCCGCAUUUCACUUGUGUAUUGUCAAAGUUUGUUGUAUGACUUGGCUUUCGUUACAAUUUUUUUCCACUCAUUUCGAUAUGUGCAUAGUUGCCUCCAGUUUCUCACUUUCAGAAUUUUGAUAUCUCUCAUGACCUGGUCCUCCCAUCUCUCUCUCUGGGUCUUCCCCUUGGCCCUUCAGUUUCUGGUUUCCAUCUGGUGAUCUUCUUAAUGAGUAAGUCGUUUUUACUUACUCUCUAUGUGUCCCAUCCAUCUCAGUAAUAAAUUUAACUAUAUCUUCUCCCUUCAUUAUGUUUUUUAGUUCAGGGUUCAUUCUUCUCAUUUCUCCGUUGUCCAUUCUUAUCGGACCCAUAAUCCGUCUGAGGAUUUUCCUUUCGAAUAUUCUCAAUUUUUCUUUAUCUUUUUCUGUGAGGCACAUUGUUUCAGCUGCGUACGUAACUACUGGUCUCAUUUCAACUCUGUAUAUUUUCAGUUUUGUAUUUCUGGAUAAAUUCUUGUCCUUCAUUAGCCUAUGAUAUCUCCAGUAUGUUUUGUUGCCUGCUAGUAUUCGCUCCGUUACUUCUUCACUUCUCUUAUUUUGGCCAUUAAUUAUUACUCCCAAAUAUUUAAAUUGUUGAACUCUUUCAAAAGUGUAGUUUUCUAUCUUGAUUUCUCUCGUCCUGUUAUCUUCUCUUUUAGAGCAGAGUAGAUAUUUUGUUUUUCCUUAGUUAAUUUCUAGGCCACUUUUCCGUGCUUCCUUUGCCAGGAUGGCUACUGCUUCUUUUAAUCUUUCCUUGUCUCUUCCCAUAAGAACUAUAUCAUCUGCAUAUGCAACUAUUUGUGUCGAGGAGUGGGCUACAGUUCAUUUAAUUCCGCUGGCCUUAAUUGUUCCUUCUACUGCUCUGUUGAACAGUGUGGUUGACAGGGAAUCGCCUUGUAGCACUACUGUUUCUAUUGCAAUUGAUUUUGUGCUACCUUCUUCUGUCGCUACUUUAGCUCGAGAUCCAUCCAUAGUCAUUUUUGUUAAUCUUAUUAACUUUGCUGGUAUGUCUUGAGUUUUCAUUUCAAUAAAAUUGAUUUCUUUCAAUACAGUCAAAAGCUUGUCUGAAGUCUACGAAGAGGUAUGUUGUGUUCGUGGCAUUUUUCGAUUGUUUGUGUAAUUAUAUUGAUCGCAUCUGUAGUGAAUCUGCCUUCUAUGAAUCCUUGCUGGUAGUCCCAAAUUUUUUUUCUCUAUGAAUUGAGUGAGUUUUUGUCUGAUGAGGGCUGUUAGAAUUUUAUAUAUUGUACUCAGUAGAGAUAUUCCUCUACAGUUGUUUGUUAUUUCUCUUUUCUUAAACAUUCAUAGUAACUUAAAUUUUCUGGAUAUUUUUUUUAGUACGCUUUCUGCUUGUAAUAUUUCUUUGAUAAUUCGCAGCAGGACUGUGAUUAGAACUGUGGAUUUAUAAUUACUGCAUUUUUAGGAGUGAUUAGUACUAAUAAUAGUGUGGACCAGCCAAUGUUUUUAUUUAUUUAAGACAAUUUGUAUAAUUUUUUUAGGGUUUAGUUUUUAUCACUUUAUAUGGUUCUUUAUAUGAUUUUUUCCUUUAUCUGAUUUUCUUGUGCUAUGUGCAUUAUGUGUGAUUUAUCCUGAAUAUGUUUACACAUUUGAGAUAUAUUGGGUUACUUCCUUACAAAACCGUAGCACGUCAUUCUUUUUGACGUAGACAUUUUUGCAGAGGUUGCCAAAUUUUGUCGAGAUAGUAUUCAAUAUACAGGGUGUAACAAAAAUACAGGUCAUAAAUUAAAUCACAUAUUAUGGAACCAAAAAUAGUUCGAAUGAACCUAACUUACCUUAGUACAAAUAUGCACAUAAAAAAAGUUACAGCCCUUUGAAGUUACAAAAUGAAAAUCGAUUUUUUCGAAUAUAUUGUGGCAUUCUUAUGGCAGGAACAUAUUAAAGAAAAAUUAUACUGAAAUUUGUGCACCCCAUAAAAAUUUUAUGGGGGUUUUGUUCCCUUAAACCCCCCCAAACUUUUGUGUACGUCUCAAUUAAAUUAUUAUUGUGGUGCCAUUAGUUAGAUUCAAUAUUCUUAAAACUUUUUUGCCUCUUAGUAUUUUUUUCGAUAAGGCAGUUGUUAUCGAGUUGAGGCUUAUUUUUUAAUAUGUUUACAUAAAAAUUUUAUGGGGGUUUUGUUCUUUUAAACCCCCCAAAUGUUUGUGUACGUUCCAAUUAAAAUAUUACUGCGGUGCCAUUAGUUAAACACAGUGUUUUUAAAACUUUUUUGCCUCUUUGGAUUUUUUCGAGAAGGCACCUUUUAUCGAGAUGUGGCUUCUUUUUUAAUAUGGUGCAAAAUAUACCUAAAAAUGUAAAUCAUACAUAAAUUUUCAUAUUAUUACCAAGUCUCCAUAAUCGUACAACCAUAUACAAAUAUGUGGUGGAUUUGACAAAUAUUCAAAAUAUCUUGAUAAAAACUGAUUUUUCGAAAAAGUACUAAGAGCCAAAAAAGUUUUAAAAAUAGUGUGUUUAACUAAUGGUACUACAAUAAUAAUUUAAUUGGAACGUACACAAAAGUUUGGGGGGGUUUAAAGGAACAAAACUCCCAUAAAAUUUUUAUGGGGUGUCCAAAUUUCACUAUAAUUUUUUCUUAAGAUGCUACUGCCAUAAGAAUACCACAUGUCCAUUUUCAAUAAAAAAUAUCCAAUAGUUUUCGAUAUAUUGGAAAAAUCGAUUUUCAUUUUGUAACUUCAAAGGGUUGUAACUUUUUUUAUAUGCACAUUUGUACUAAGGUAAGUUAGGUUCAAUCGAACUAUUUUUGGUCCCAGAAUAUGCGAUUACAUUUAUGACCUGUAUUUUUGUUACCCCCUGUAAUUUUAGUAAAUAAUUUGUAUUAUUAAAAUGAAAUACAACGACAACUGGUACUUAACAAAAUAUUGAUAAUCUCGUCUAAAUUCAAAACCCGUUUUAAUUUCUAUCAACAAACCGCCAAAAUAGCUGAAUACGCCUGAACAUGUCUUGUGCAGAUGAAUAAAUAAUAACCUUAACCUUACAUUUUCUUUAUUGCCUACAUUCACUACUACCCCGACUAUAUGGCAACUCUGUGCGAAAUUGACAACGUCAAAAGUGAAUACGUGCAAUGGCAGCUAAUCUGGAAAGCUCAACGUAGGUGGCGCUCGUGUAGUUGGAGGUCAUGUCAACUUAAGUCAAUACUUCAAAUCAAUCUAUUUCCAAGUAAACAUUGCAUAUUUGUUUCGCUGUGUGAAUUAAACUUGAGAAAAUAAAAUUCCUCAAUAUUGUGCUGUGCAUUUGUGCUCAUCGAGAACAUCAGGACACAGGUUUCCCAAAGAUAUUCUGAUGAGAAAAAAGUGGAUUGUAGCAAUAAGAAGGGAUAAAUAUGUGCCGAGAAUAAAUGCACGUGUCUGCAAUAAACAUUUUGUUGAAACAUAUUAAGUAUUGCCCCCAGGAUUCGACUGUAAAAAAUAGAAUACUUAAUACUUCACUAUAAAAUUCAGAUCAAAAUUUAUUAUACACGCGCGGAUUAAGAUAUGCAAUUUUAUAUACAUUCACACUGUUGCCACAUCUACAAUCGCUUUUUAUGGAGUGAACAUGUAAAAAAAUUUAUAUUUGAAGUAAUAAUAUAGAAAAAUUUGAAAUACUAAUUUUAAAUAUUUCUCAAGUUCUCAAUAUUUUUUAGUGACGAAAACAUAACCUGACCAAACCUAACCUAGCGUCAUCGAAAAUAAUAUAAAAAAGUUAAUAACUGAACAUUUUAGUGAUAUAUUAUCUUUAAAAUAUGCUUUAAAAUGACUAAAACAUAACCUGAGCAAACCUAACCUAAUCGAAAAUAAUAUAAAUAAGUUAAUAACUGAAAAUUAAAGUGACCUAGUACCAUUCAAAUAUUCUUUAGUGACUAAAACAUAACCUGAUCAAACCUAACCCUAAUUUUUUCUAAUUUCACCUUAAAUUUAAGGUCGCCUUUCACGUAGACAAACACCCAAAUAAUUAUAUUUAAUUAAAUUAACACAUUCUAUAUUUCCAUAAGGAAUUAUAUAUUUUUUUUUAAAUAAGACAACAUUGCAGAAUCAACUGCGCUCACCCCAUGCUUAAACCAAAUUUACACCAAAUGCGCAACUGUCAUGGCAGCCAUAUUUUGAAAAUAUCACAUUUUUAAAUAAGAUAAACACAAAAAUUAAUGCUGAGCGCACUUAAUUGUGACUUUUAAAUUGAUAAAAAAAGUAAGGCAGAUCGCACAUAUCAUAUUAUACACAGUUGUCAGACUCGUGUGGGGAGUUAAUCACCAAAUAAAUACCCUCUGAGCUAUAGAAAUAAAACAUUGAGACGAUGAUUAAUAUAGUUUAUCAUUCGAUAAGUGUUUCCUUUUUCCAGUAACUCUCGCAUCCCUUCUCAAUUCGUUUUUCAACGCACAAACAGUCUCCAAGAUCCGUAUAUUUCGGCCAUAAUUUAUUAUUUAUUAAAUCGUAAUCAAAAACACCAUAUACAAACUUUACGAAUAGUCAAAACUUUGACCUCCAACUAUACUAGCGCCGCCAGGCGGGAGCAACGGCUUACAUAGGUGCCAUUCGCGAUGUUAAGUCACAAUGACGACCUCUCGUGGAUUUCAGCUGAACUAGCUUCGAGGUUGUUGUUAAUGUCAAACGCUGAGCGCACAUGCAUUUGAAACAAGUAGGUAAUGUUCAUUAUUUUUUUUUACAAAUUGUAUAUACAACAUCGUCGCCAACUUUUAUUCAAACAUGAAGAUUCCAUGUUAAUCGUUUUAUAUUACCCAAUAAUUAAUUUAAAACAUGUAAAAAGGAAUGUGUGUGUACUUUGUACGCACGUAAGAAGUUAUACUUCUAUUAUAUGAUUUCAACGAAAUCAAUAUACUUUAAACAGUUUAUUUAUAUUUUAUUUAAAUAUUAAACUAAUUUCAGUACUCACUACAAAAUUUUUUAUUAAAACAAUACCAAAAAUUAAAAAAAUUAAAGAAUAAAACACACACAAACACAUUGAAAAAUGCCACAAAGAAAUGAUUUCUGAAUAAUAAUUGUUGGCAAAAAUUUUAACUAAAUACGUAUUUUCCGAAAAAAAAAAUUAUAUAAUAAAUAUACUUACAAUCAUAAAAUGUAUAAAAAAAUACAAGUUUGCAUUGGGGAUCGAACCCGCGUAUAUUAGGGUUGUUAGGUUGGAAAUCACCGUUGGCUUAUUUUUCAAUAUUUUUCCUUGAAUAAUAAUCUAUGAAUUGUACUGAAUAUAUCUAUUUGAUUUAAAAAUAAAAUAAUUAUACCAUACUUUCAAAAAAAAUGUGCUUGAAAUAUUGAUUUCAACCCCUAAGCCCCCCGUUAAGGAUAGCUAUGACACGAUUUUGAUAGUCAACCCAUGCAAGUCGUAUUUGUCUAUAUAUGAAAUUUAAUAAAAAAAAUGUUUCAUCCGGAAAGCAGAUGGGUGCAGGUCGACCUACAUUCGGAUCUUAGACUAUAGGUAAUAUUAUUUCAAAACCUUGUGAACCUCGUAAAUACGCAUGCCCGAAAAAAUAAAUGGACCCUAAAAACAUGCACCAUUUUAAUUUCAUAGGAAAUUAUGCGACAGGGUAGGAUUUGCACAUGCUAAUGAUGUCGAGUAUUUCCAAUAAACAUGAGAUUUUAUUAUGUUUCUCUAAUCUUAAACAUUCCAGUUAGUCAUCGUAUUUUUAUUUUAUCUUACAUUGAAAGAUGUAUCUAAUAAAAAUUUACGACUUCCCGUCUACACUGCCGAUAAAAAUUGCUGUGUAGUGUGUAAAAAUAUAAAAUAUUUACAUUGCACUAAUUUGGCUUAUAAAUAGACCUUUUAAGAACUGAAAAAAAUCUAGAGGACAAAUAAAUAAAUAACAGGUCAAUGUAUGAUAGAAAAAUAAUAGGAUUUUGGUUUUAAAUUCAGGAAAAUAUGUUUAUACGAGACGAAAACCUCGAAUUCGUUGGGAAAAAUAUUCCCAUAAGAUUUUUGCAUAAUCACUUUCAUAAAAUACCGUAGAAUCGUAUUCAAGAGGUCGCCCAUACAAAAAGUGGUCCUAAUUUAUUAAACGUUUUGUAUAAAUCCAUUUUUUAGGUUGUGAUAAGGGCCUCAAACAACUAAAAACAAUGUUUUAAAAUCAAAUAAGCCCAAACUUAAGUAUCAGAAACUCAUAGAACAAGGUUUGGUGAAUUCAAAACUUUAGAGUCAACUUUAGAGAGAUCAACUUUAGAGAAAAAUUACAAUAAACCUUUUUUAUUCAGAAUGAUUAAAAAAACCGACAAAAAUUUUGUCCGGGCAGAUGAAAUUGAUUUAUACAAUUUAUUUAAUAGUCCAUGUGGUGAGACCGCUCCCGUCUGGAAAAAUUUCUGAUUCGGUUUCUUUGUGGAUUCCUAUUCAAAAAUGUCCCCUUUAAACAAAUAUGAAGGGUGCCGGGAGGAAUUUUUGGGCAGAAAUUGUUUAAAAAAAAAUUUUAAACAAAUACAAAAGAUCACGUUUUUUGCCCCAUAACAUAUAUUUUUAAGUUUUGUGGGUCAUUCUAAACAAGAAAGGUAUCUUAUAAAUUUUCUCAAAAAUUGAUAGUUUUCGAGUUAUAAGCGAUUUAAAAUCUGAAAAAUGCGAAAAUACGCAUUUUCGAGGCUUAAAAACUCAUAUUUAAAUUAGUAUUUUUGAGGUUGCCAUAUACUUAAAUUGAAGUUUAAACAUUCAGAUUCAAGAUUCUGAAGAGUGAUAGCGUCUAACCUUAAUUUAAAUAGUUGUUUUUUAAUUGUUAAAUAUGCAUGUCCAUCCAAUUUUUUUGCCGGUGCGGCGCGCUCUAUUCCAAAAAUCUCCUAUUUCCUCCGAAAAUAAUUUUUUAUAGAUUCUUUGGGACAUUCUAAAUAAAAAAGUUUAUUGACAUUUUUCUCAAAAGUUAAUAGUUUUAAAGUUAAGCGAUUUAAAACCCGAAAAUACGUUUUUUUGUAAUUUUUCGGAUUUUAAAUCGCUUAUAACUUUAAAACAAUUAACUUUUGAGAAAAAUGUCAAGAAACUUAUUUUAUUUAGAAUAUCCCAAAGAAUCUAGAAAAAACAUUUUUCGGAGGAAAAUAGGAGAUUUUUGAAAUAGAGCGCGCGCCGCACCGGCAAAUAAAUCGGAUAAACAUGCAUAUUUAAGAAUUAAAAAACAACGGUAUAAAUUAAAGUUAGACGCGAUCACUCUUCAGAAUCUUGAAGAUAAAUGUUUAACCUUCAAACUAAUUAUCUGACAACCUCAAAAAUACUAAUUUAAAUAUGGGACGGGAAAAAUUUUUUCCAGACGGGAGCUGUCUCACCACAUGGACUAUAAAAACAAUUAUUGUUUAAAUAAAUUAGAACCACUUCUGCUGGUAUUAUGUUUUAAGUCAAAAUAAGUUAAAUACAAAGAUAUCAAUUAAUAAUCACAAAAAAAAAAUAAAAAUAUUAAAGCUAUUUCACUAAUGCAAAAACUAGUUCGUCUCUGUCUCACUACGAUAAGGCACUGAAGAGAACUACAUGUUUUUAGAAAUGCCUGAUAUCAUUGUUUCGUUCGUAGAUCGACGUCACUAAAUGAUUACGUCAGGUCCACGACAUUAUGAAUUACCAAUACAUUUUACAUUUUCCAAAUAGGUAUUUUAUUUUUUAUUACCACACUAAAACAUUGACAAUUACGUACCUGUUGCUUUUAAAAACUAUUUAAAAAGUCACUACAAUUAUAAACUUGCUUUUGUCUCUGUCCUCACAACAAUAAAAGCUAAUAUACACAUUUGUUUACCCAUAACCGCCCUAUUGAACAAUUAUUGACAGGUCAUUGUAAUACCCAAUCAGAGCACGUAUAACGUUUCAUCUGCGACCAGCACCAAGACUUUUGAUGAAUUCGCGCACAUAUACAUUUACUCUUAAACGCGCCUAAAGAAGUACAACUCCAAAAAUAAAUACCUAAUGAAUAUUACCUACUUGUUUCAAAUGCAUGUGCUCUCAUUGUUUGACACUGAAAACUCCCUCGAAGCCAGUUGAGCCGAAAUCCCCGAGAGGUCGUCAUUGUGACUUAACAUCGCGAAUGGACUUAUAAGGAAAUACCCAAUAUCAACCUUCUUUUAUUGUACGUCCAUCUUUAUUUUUCCUAAUAUUCAGUGUGUUAGAAUGUUUUUAGAAUUAAAACUUCAACCAAGCAUGGUAACAUGACAUCACAUUAAUGUGCCAUAUUAGAAUAUAAAGUAACGCCACUGAAAUUAUGUGGCUGCUAUAUUUAUUUAUAAGAUUGAGUAUGAUAUUAAGUGCAAUUACAGUAUAGUUAUAUAUACAUCGUGAACCAAGAAUUAUAGUAAAUUUUACUACAAAUGUAGACUUUAAAAAGACUGACCAGUAUAGAAUUUUUCGAUUUUAACUGUUAUGGGAAUUAAUUUAUUUUUAGACGGCGCGGCAUGAGUUAUAUUUAAAUCAUGGGCAAAGUAGAAAUGGGCGUUCCUCUAGAAAUGCUAUAAAGUACCAGUCUUUUGUCGUAAUGCCUUCUUGAUCGAAUAAAAAUCGCUGACCAGCGAAAACUGUCUUUCGUUUUAAGAAUACACGAAAAUUCGAUGGAGCCAAAUCUGUGGAAUAUCUCUAGUGGAGUGGAGUGUUGUGCUGGUGCAAAAAGAUUUUUCUACAUUAACCUGGGGUUGAUGUCACGAAGAAAGUACUAUUUUCUUCUUUGUUUAUAGUUAUGUUUUUCGUCUUCCUCUUGAUGUGCCUAUCCGUGACGAAUGUUUGCUAUGAUUAUGGCAAUCUUUAUCUUAUCUGCAGCAGCCCGGAAAAGCUGCACAGAUGUUGUGUUCAGCCAGGUUCUGAGAUUCUUUAACCAGUAUAUUCUUCUUUUUGGACCUCGCUUUCCAAAUAUUUUUUUUGUAGGAUGGUUUGUAAAAGGGCAUAUCUGGAUUCAUUUCUCAAAAUGUGUCGGAAGCAUUGGGUGCCUUCGGACGACCACAGCGGCUGCACAGCUGAGUAAGCGGUAGCGUUCAGACGACACCGCUGGAAGUCAGCCGCUGAGAGAUUUACUAAGCUUUCACUCUGAGCUGACACUCAACCGCUGUCAUAGGCGUCAUUUCACGAAUUUUAUUGGGGUGGCAAAACCUACCGGGCGGUUUGGGGGGAAAAUUUUGUAAAUUUUGAUGCAAAAUAGAAGGAUUUAACGCAAUUAUAACUAUACACACUGGCUGUACACAUCCUAAUUUUCGAUUUUUUACAAUAUCUGCCCCAACCUUGUGUAUCAACCUAAUAUUCUACUGGAUACAGGUCUAAAUCUUAUUCAGGUCUAAUUCAAUACAAUAAUUGAAAUCUAUAAUAGGCUUUUAUUUACAAUAGUAUUUUAGUAAGAUAAGAGAACAAUGUGUGUUUUAGAGCUGAUGGAUUCAAAUCUAACUUGAAUGGAGUCUCCUUUUCCGGAUAUUAAAUACAUCAAUGACACUUUCAAUAUCGACUGGGAUUUUCCUUCCAAUGGCUAAAAGCCCCACUGCAGACAUUCUUUCCUGGCCGCUAGCGUUUCUGGUGUAGGUUUUUAAUCUUCUCAGGCAUGAAAAGGUCCUUUCACGCCCAGCUUAGUUUAGUGGUAUCAUGAAAAAUAGCCUGAAUAUUUCAAACGUCAUAGGCAAGACUUUUUUAGAGCCUUUUCCAGAAAAACUGACGAUUUUUCUUCAACUGUUUUGUUUCUCAUUUCUUUCAUGUUAUGAAAAAUUUUCAUUUCGCAGAAAAGUAACUUCUCAUCCAAAGAGUAGUAUUUUGAAACACACUUAAUGCUUUCCUCUACUACUUCUUGUCUUCCCAACAAUUGGCUCAGGUGGUUAAGUACAUCCAAACUGUUUUCCUGCAGCCUAUUUUCAAUUUCCUGUUCCAAAGUGUCAAGGAGUGGGAAAAACGGUAGCUUUUAGGUGCUCUUUAACCGUUUCAAAUGGAGCUUUAGAGUUUCUGCCAAGUUUAGCUGGGAUUUUUCCUCUCCUUGGGAGCUCCGGUGGACGAAACCCACAUUUUUCAGUACUCUACCACCACAACAAAAAGCCUGAAACUUUGAUAGUUUCAUGCACCUUUAUUAAAAUGGAUAUCUGUAGUUUGUAGAUGAUUUCCAAUGCAGUUUUAGCUCCUUUGCGUGGAUCUGCGAAAUGAUGUUUUCGUAACAGCGUUCGUUUCUUUCCAAAUAUUGAACCUAAAACAUGUUCCCAGGUAGGUCUUUGUCCGAGCUUAAGUUCCUCUAUAUUUAGUAUUAUUUGAUAAAAAUAGCUCCGAGAAUUGUUUUCUAUGGCUUUCCUUUUAUAUCUAUGGCUAAAUCUUUAAACGAUAGACUAGCCGCCAACUAUCACUCUACUCACUUGACGCAAGCUAGACUACACCCCAUUGAUGUUUAUAUUUAUAGUGAGCGGCCCAUUACACACUAUAAAAAAAUAGAAGGCAUUAUUACCAUAGUCUUUCUGUCUAACGUUUCGAUCACAACCAUGAUACAUCAUAGAUUUUGCCCUGUAUUCGCUCAUCAGAUAGGUAGGUAGGUCUAAGGUAAACUCAAAGACAGAAACGCAAAGACUUCUGAACAAUAAAAAUGUAUACCAUUUUUAUUCAGUUGCAAUGCGAAGGCAAAACUGUCUUAUUUUUCACUUAGAACAGAGAGCGCAAACCAGCACUCUGAAUCGACGAUUUUCGACUCUUUUGGAGUCACCAUCGGAGAGGCGUAGGCUUGCUGCUCUCUGCUCGAAGUGACAAAACCACGAAAGCUUAUCCCCGCAUUGCAACUGACGUUAAUGGAGUAGGUGACUAGCGUCAUCUGGCCACUGAAAGGCAAAGUUUUCAACCUAAUAUAAACAUUAGUAAUAUUGAAAAAUAUUAAUAAAAGAUUUUUAAUUGAAAACUUAUUGGUCCAUUUCCCUGGUAACACCUCCAUGGCUUCUAAAAAUUGCAAGUCAGAUGGAUGCUGCAGUAAAGACAAGAGGGAAUUCUAAUGCCGGAUUUAUACUCAGCUAUUGCCACUGCUGCUGCCGUUGACGGAAAUAUUGCCCGAAAUAUGAUAUCGACGCGAGUGAGGUGUUUACAUCAGUUCCUCGCCAAUGUCCUCACAACUCAUUACCGAACGACUGACAAGAAAGGAAUGUGACAACAGCAUCGUCUUGCUCUCUUACUCACUUGCCGCUUUGCCGGCGGCAAGUGCGAGAGAGAGAGUAGCUGAAUGUGAAUACCCACUCGUAUUCGCGCUGCCUCUCUUUUGACUUCCGCCACAAAAACCGACUCUUUGGGUAUGUAGGUGCAAUGGCAAUAGCAUGACGAGUAGCAGCGCGAGUGAGCUAUUUACACAUUCACGCUGCCCACUUCCCUGUCCAAGAGGACUGAGUAUAAAUGCGGUAUAAAAUUGCAACUUUUUAGAAUUCCCUCUUGUCUUCACUGCAGCAUCCAUCUGGCUUGCAAUUUUUAGAAGCUAUGGGGGUGUUACCAGGGAAAUAGACCAAUAAGUUUUCAAUUAAAAAUCUUUUAUUAAUAUUUUUCAAUAUUAUUAAUGUUUAUAUUAGGUUGAAAACUUUGCCUUACUUCUGAACAAAUUCCCCACUGCAGAAUAGACACUAGACUCAAAGAACGAAAUAGUUGGCAGGAAAUUGUUGCAUGAAGUGUUACUUAUUGCUUACUAAAAUUAUAGUAUAAUAAUUAUAAAAUUAUACACGUAAAUUUAAAGCCACUGAAAUUUACUCCUCUUUCUCUUCAAAUUUCGUAAUAAUCCUCGAACUUUGAAAUGAAUCACUGACAACGAUUUCAUUCUCUGAGUAUAGUACGUAGACGUCAUCUAUCAUGCCUCCUCUACACAUCAGCAGACGUGUCUGCAGACAUCGGCCGAUGUAUCAUCACAAGCUAACCACACAUAUGUAGGUCGUUCAAUCCGUUCGCACUGAUACCCUUUGAUCUUUGAUGGAAAAAGCGACAACAAACGGAUGAACUGCAGACACAUCUCCCGACGUGAUACACCAACAACAGACGACCAAAUUACCCCAUCUACACAUCUACAGAUGCAUACGUAGAUGUCGUCCGCAGACGCGUCUGCCGAUGUGUAGAGGAGGCUUUUAGAUAUUGAAAAAUUAAGACCACCCUGUGAUUAUGAAUUAUGUCCACCAACUAAAAUUUUUAAUAUUUCAAAUUUUAGCAUUCUUUACAUAAUUCAGAAACAUAGUGGUUUUUCAUUUUAUCACUGUAUUGGAUGUACUAAGCCAUACGCUAAAUAAAUAUGAUUACUUUGGUUUACAAAUACUUUAAAAUUAUAAACAAUUUAGUUCAGUUAGAACUGAACUAUAUUUUAUUAUUUGCAUUGUCUACACCUUAUAAUAUCUUAUCUAUGUACCCAAACCGAAUAUUGUAAAAAUGUGAAGUAGCGUAAGUUUACCUUAUGAUCUUUGAAUUUAGCAACAUUAAGAUAAUCAAAUUCACUUUUCCAUUAACUUUCUACAAUAAUUUAAAAUAUAUAAAAUUACUGUUAUUUAUUGUUACACAUGGAAAGGUAAACGUUUUAUGUUGGUUUUAUUUUAUAUAACGCUUUUAUAUUCCCCAUUGUAGAUUUAUUUUUAAAAUGUUUAGAAGCAAUGCUUUUUCCUUGUUAAAGAUUUUAUUGUUUUAAGACAUAAACUGAUACUAGUAUUAAGUAAAAAAUAUAUUAAAAUGUCUAUUUUAUAUUAAAUAUAUGCUGAUUUUAUAAAU